GGUACUUCAAUUACUCGUGGAGCUUUAAAGAAGAAGCAUAUACUAGGUUCCUUCAGAUCUGUUUUCGCUGCAGCUACCAUGGUUGAUUCUCGACGACUUGUCACUUUGGCUCUGGUGGCAGUCAUACUGCCAGCUGCCAUGGCCAUUCCCGGCCCUCUUCCAUCCAGACAAGUCAGGCAGAUAAGAACCGGGAAUGACAACGGAGAGGGAUAUUACGAAAGCGGCGAAACUGGAACCGACGAGGAAUCUUAUUCCUCAGGAGAAACUGAUGAGUAUAACGGAGAAGACGGAGAAGACGAAUAUGUUGAAUCCCAGCCCACCGGAGGAGCCAUGCCCUACGACGGAGUCAUGACCGACGGGGAAUCUGAUCCUAACGCCGGCGCCACCUUCGACUGGAACCCUGACCCCUCAGUCGGUGGGCCUCAGGUUGCCUGGGACCCUCCCGCACUCUCUCCAGCUCCCGAAGUCACUGGAGAAGCUGAUUAUACUCGAACGCCCGUGGUCGCCUGGAGCUCUGGAACAUCUGCCGAUACCAAAGCUGACCGAGUUGAAACUCUUCCCCCGCCCACCGUGUCCGCAGCUCCCAAAGCCGCUGGAAAACCUUAAGUCCUAAUCAAGAAAUUGUGGCCAGUGAACAACCAGACGCCAAAGGUAUCAUCUAAACUAUAGUGAUUUCCACUGAGGGAUUACAACUGAUUGCACCUGGAUACGAGACCAAAGGGAGAUUUUUCAAGACAGGAAAAAGAAGCCAGAAUUUUGAUCAAUAUAGCAGAAUAUGGAAGUGUCGAUAUCGGAAGCGCUUCAUUAACAUGCUUCUGGCAGACAAUCUAAUGAAUUUAAACAACAAAAUCCACAGUUUACGCAAGCACUAAAUUUCUCAUUUUUUUAUUCGUAUAACGAAAUCAAAGUGAUUAUGAUUUUAUUGAGACUUUGAACUGAAUUUGUGUAAUGUUUGUUUAUUAAACCGGAAAAAACCAUAA